AUGUCUUCCUUCAGUACAGUCCUCAUUACAGGCGCAAACCGCGUCAUUCCUGAUCUUAUCCUGAGCCAUUCUACGACAGGUAUCGGCACAGGUCUCGUGACGUUAUACCUCGCGAAUCCCAAUACUACCGUUAUAGCGACGGUCCGCAAUCCCUUGGCUGCGGAAUCUCUGCAUUCGCUGCACAAGGCAUCUGGAUCCCGCCUCGUUAUCAUCAAACUCGAUAUCGCAUCCACUGAAUCUAUCAAAGCCGGCGUUGAAUCCUUAACAUCAGAGCACAGCAUCAACAGCAUUGACGUCGUUAUUGCAAACGCCGGCAUCGUUGGUAUGACGCCCAAACUCACUGAGACUGCGAUCUCCGAAAUUGAAACCUAUAUCCAUGUGAAUGCGUAUGGCCAGCUCGAGCUGUACAAAGCGGUGGCCCCACUGCUUCGCAAGAGUGAGAGCAUGGCCAAGUUUGCAUACAUAUCCAGCGCUGGCGGAAGCCUGACGAGCAUGAGUAAUAUUGUUCCGCUUGCCGCUUAUGGAGCGAGUAAGGCUCUAGGGAACUUUCUCAUCAAGUGGCUUUCACUUGAGACCCAUGAUGUGCUGAUUUGGGCCCAACACCCUGGAAUGGUCGCGACUGACAGCGCGAAGGUUGGCUUCGAAGCUCUGGAACAGCAGGGCCUCGAUUUAACUACGCACAUCGUCUCCGUGGAACAAAGCACACAAGGGAUCAAGAAAGUGGUACGUGUGCCCGUUGUUCGUUUAGUUAUCGUCCAUGUAUUUGAGAAGAAAGCUGACAAGUCGUGA